AAUUGAUUAUUCAGGUGUAGCGCAAUGAAAGCGGCUGCGUCUACCACAGCCAGCGGCGGGUUCAUUGAUUUUGUCGAUUCCAGGUUCGCUUGGUUAGCUUCUGAAGCCGCAAAGAGCGCUGCAAUCACUAGCGUCGCGAUCUCUCUCUCCGCUCUCGCCGUGUGUGGGGUGAUGUGGGAAGCGGCCGUGAUCGAGGGGUGUAUGCGAAAUUUCUCUCUCUGUGGUCAUCAUCCCUCGUGCCCGCGAUGGACUCACGGACAGAGGCGUAAUCUUGCAGUGCGCCUUAUCGGCGAGAUCAUCGCCGGCUCCCGCGUGCGCGGCGCUGCGGCUCCACGUAGCGAAGAGCACCAUGUGUGCGUGAAGCCGUCUAUGGUGAAGCCGCGCUGCUAACGGAGCGAAACACACGGUGAAACAACGCCGCCAGCCACCGCUGCUCGGUCUCGUCGACAAUGAGCGAGGAUACCAGUCCGUCGGAUCGACAGAUCCUGCUCUCCCGUUUGCUGGAUGCCGUUAAACAGUGCCAGAUCCGCUUCGGGGGACGCAAGGAGCUCGCGACGGAGAGCGACAGCAGGGUUGUCAACCUGUGUACGCAGUUCGAAGCCGUGUUGCAGCAUGGAAUGAAAAAGUCUAAAGGACUGAGCUCCAUCAGGCAAGUGUCCGAGAUUGUCAAGGGCCUGAAUCUCUGGAAUAGCGACUCCGAUUACGUGUUCUGGCACUACGCACGGACCCACCUGACCAAGCACGAGUUGGAGCGGUACCUGGUGCUGAGGCACGUGAACACCGAUGAGGGCCGCGGGCGGGCAUGGCUGCGGUCGGCACUCAACGAGCACGCCCUCGAGCGAUACAUGCACAUGCUCGUCGCCGACCCCGCUCACAUCAGCCAGUUCUAUGAGGACACAGCCUUCCUGAUGGACCAGGAAAAAAGCAGCAUGCUUCCCACCAUGUCGGCAGGGCUGGGAUCCAUCCUGUUUGCAAUCAACAUUGACAAUCCGGACCUGAAUCCACCGGAGUCAAGUGUCGUCGUGCGGGUUCCCACACAGGCAGGGCUCGCGGAUACGCGUCCAGUCAUUGCCAAAGGCUUGGUUGAGGGCAAGCGGAAGAAGAAGCGCCGCAAGCCUCGAUCCAACGUGGUCUCCUUCGACGAUGAAGAUGACGAGGAUUACACCUUAGACAGCAGGUUCCUGGGCAACCACAGCUGCUUCAGCGCACCAGCAACGUGUCUCUCGUCUCCUGUGGCAACAGAGUUCCCAAAUGUGGCCCUGCAAGUCAACGGCGACGCGUCGUCUGCCACGGGCGACACCGCAGAUGAUGAGGGAGCUGCGACUGCCGUGCCCACCAGGGUUACAGCAGACGACGCGCAGAGUGUCGAGUCCCUUGCCACUUCCGACGGAAACCUGUCCGACGAGAGAGAGCCCAAUCCACGGGGCAAGCCAUCAGCAGCCAUCCCAGUGGAGCGAGCAAAGACGUGGUCAGGGUCAACAGAGUCCUCGGGGUCACCGAGACCUGAGCUGCCCAAUUCCGUGUCCUCAUCACCAAUGAGCCAUGGCCAGGAAGCAGGUUCCAAUUGCCAGACAUCUGCCCUGACGCCCAUCCUGGACCUGUCCAUUGGGGACCUCAUUCCCAUGUGCCAUCCUGCGGAAGAUGGAGCCAGAUCAGAGGACUCCAUUCCUAGCUACAGCGAAGACACAGAGACGGCAGCGGCUGCGCUGGCUCUGGCACAGAACGUGUCGUCGCUCGCCCUGGGCGCCGUCGAGUCGCCGAGUGCUGCGGCCGCUGAAGCUGAGCUUGCCUCUGACAUGGCGUCUGCGACACCAGAUGAGCUUAAGCAAGCUCUGCUCGUCAUGACUCAACAAAUCAAAGAUGUUGAACAGGAGAAUACUGCCUUGCGGAGGAUGAUGGAGCAGGAGAGUGAAGUUAGUGCCAAAUUGAGGGCCGAUGCCCGGGAGGCCGAGAAGCAGACCAACGAGCGGCUGGACAAACAGGAGUCCCGAAUACAGACACUCACCAGGGAAAACCAGCUGUUGAAGCACCAACUCAAAAAGUACAUAGCAGCCGUACAGAUGCUGAAACGGGACGGCCUGGCAGCCCACGAGGAGCUGCGCAACAUGGUGGGAGAUGUUGAGCCAGCCAUUCCGGAUGCCAAGCCACACAUCGACCACCAGUUUGAGGCCAGCGAGUACGAGAAGAAGCUGGUUCAGGUUGCCGAGAUGCAUGGGGAACUGAUGGAGUUCAACGAGCGGCUGCAUCGUCUGCUGCUCUUCCGCGAAUGCACUAUUCGCAGGCUACGCGAGGAGCUCACCGACUUGCGCGGACCGCUGCCCGAUGAAAACCAGACUUCCGAUGACGACCUGAGCGUGACGUCGGACUAUGAUGCGUCAUCGCAGAGUGCAUCUUUGAGGCCGCUCAUCAACUUGUGGAUCCCCUCGGCAUUCCUCGCUGGGCACCAGUCGCAUGCAUUCCACGUCUACCAGGUGUACGUGCGUAUAAGGGACGACGAGUGGAAUGUGUACCGGCGCUACUCGCAAUUCUACGCCCUGCACAAGCAACUCUGCAAAAAGAACCCCGUCAUCUAUUCUUUUGACUUCCCACCCAAAAAGUCUAUAGGCAACAAGGAUGCCAAGGUUGUAGAAGAGAGACGCCAACGGCUGCAACGGUACUUGCGCAGUGUCCUCAACUUCCUCACGCAGACAUCGCAGGAGCUGAUUGAUAGCCCCGACAGAGCAACACUCGUCAAGCUGCUACCGUUUUUCAGGGAACAAGACACAACGCACUCUAAGGUGCGGCAGCCGCGGCGCACGGCGCAACGGCUCCGCGUGCCGGUGGUAUCCGGCAGUUCGCCGAGCCAAGGUGCCAGCGUGGCUCAGGCACCCGUGCACCACUACAUGGGCCACUGAACAGGCGCUCACUGGGCGAGAGACCAACCACGUCGGAGAAUCUCAGCAACUUGUUGGUUUCCACUUCCUUCCCCAUCGUCACCAUCUUGCUGCCACCGUGUGCUACCAAAGGUCAAGGAGAUGCUAUGUAUUUCCAGUCUUGCGCUCUGUGUCCCAUGUUGAAAUGAUGAUGUUCCGAUUGUUCCAGAAGUCUGAUUGUCGCUGCUGCUAUGAAUGCCUUCGAUCGUGGGUGCUGAUGCAGAGCAAUGGCAGUUUGUCACAAGGAGUGGAGGGGAGAAAAGCCGUGCAGUGGCGUCGGCAGACUCAAUUGUGCCGUUUUGUCAUGUGCUCGAGUUAGCAAGCAAUGCUAAGAUCUCAUUAACCCUUGACUUUGUCAAGUGUGCCAUUUUAUGACUGCGCAGACGCUGUCGCCGCCCCCGCCCCCCCCCCAUUCAACUGACGUUUCCCAUCAACGUUGACUAUCAAAGUUUUACCGUAGCCGUCGGAGUUUAUAACUUCCUGUUGGGCAGACAGCACAGUGCCAUGGGUACUUUUGCCAAGGGCCAGCUGUGUUUCAUGGUGCAUAGUUCUUGUGCCAUUUUCACCGGCACUGCCACGGGUGCUGCUCACUUGGAAUGUUGCAUUUAGAUAGUGCAGUAUGCUAUUUUAAGUAGUUGAGCGUACUAGCUCUGACUCCCAGUUGAUGCUGUCAUAGGUUAUGGAAAAAAUCUGGCCAGAGGGCUGAAAACAGGCUGUUGAUCAUUUUGUCAAGAACAGUUGGUUAUUUUACUCACAAUGAGGUUACGUGCUCCCAGUCUGAUAUAGCCUUGCCAAUAAGUUAAAAGUACAGGUCAGAUGGCUGUGGCCAUCCCCAUGACCUAACUUAAAAAAAAAAUUUUAAUGGAUACCUCAACACUUCUGACCUGUUUAAUCAGGCAUUCAAGUGGUCCAAACUUUGCCUGGUAUCUGUUGGUAUCUUGAUUGUGUUUUGUGUGUUGACAGCCCCUUUGAGUACAGUGCUUAAUAUUGUAAAGGCCAGAGUAACACCUCGAAACUGGAAUUAAUGAAAAUUAUGUGCUAAAUAUGCUGCAUACAUAUUCAGACACUUCUUAUUUAGACCUAUGCUGCGAAAUGUAUUAUGCACAAAGUGCGCUUGAGAAAAAUGGUCGGGACAUAUGCGUUUGCAUGUUUGUUCACAGUGCUGGUAUGUAGUCAUGCAGCGCGUUUUUUUUUUUUUUUACAAUGAUUUACAUUAGGAAAAUCUUGUCAACUGGCCGAGUGUCUUUCCCAGUACACUAAAUGUAAAAUAGUCAAUUACGUUUCCGUGUACCUGAAGUAUUUUGAGAGUUAAGGGAGUCCACGUUUGUGGAUGUUACAGAAACUCGCUGAAAAGUUCAAAAUUGGUCAUUUGUUCUGUGGCUGUGUGUUGCUAAUGAUGCUUGAAAUGCAAGAAAUGUGUUGGAACUAACUUUAUUGACCUUAUUUAGAUCUUUCUGGAGUGUCAUGGUGCAGAAAAGAUGACCGGAUGAUGAAUCUACUGCCAGUAAAGGAAUGCUAUUGGAUUCCUUACACCAAUGUGGCUUUGGCUGGUUUUGCACUUGCUGUAGUGUCAGAUGUUAGAAUCUGUACCUGUAACUUACAACUAGACGUAGCCACAGCUAUGUAGUAUCUUUGCUUGCUAGAAGUGCAGAAACAGCAGCUUUUGACGUUGCAUUAGAUGCCAAGAGAAAACAGUAAGGCGUUUCUAAGUGCAUGUUUGUGAUUUGAUAGCCAGUUGGUAACAUGAAGCUUAACACGAACUGACUGCAAUAUGUUUCCUAGUCAUUGAGAAAUCAAGACAGCUUAAAUAUAACUGAAACGCCUUCUUGUGUCUUGAGACAGGUUCAGUGUAAUCGUUUGUGGCAUUCAUCAGGGUUGCUAGGCUGGGAAUCGUUUGGAGCAACCACGAAUUUCGGAAAAUAGCCACAAAAUUUCAAGAUGUUGCCAAAAGUGAGCCAGUUCUAGGCAAAAUGUAAGAAAAGUUGCCACGCAGGGACAAAAUGGUGCUCACACCGAAAAAGUUCGCCAAGGAACUAUCUAAACUGCGAGUUAGUAUUAGUAGUUACAGAAAUGCACGCUGAGAAUUUGAGUAUCGACUUUAUAUUACACUUCACGUCACAAGAAGCAGAAAUAUGCAUUGUCCUAUUUUCAUUAGCAGAAUAUGAUUGUCAAUGCAAAAUUGGGAUGAAUAUUGAUGUUCUGUGGUACUUAAACAUUCUAAACAUUCAAGAUGAUUAAACAUAUAAAAAUAAAUACCGCAAUAUCUGAUAGUGAUCUCAGAAGCAACCAAGUAGUAGAGCAACCAGAAUUUUUUUUUUUUUUUUUUCAGCCAGCAGGCCCUGAAGUAGCCACUUUGGUCUAGCAUAGCCAAACCUGGCGGCCCUGACACAAUGUGGUAAAACUUUAAAAUGAGCAGCACCAUGCAUACUGAACUUGGUGAUAAGGUUGGACUUUAAUAGCCAUACAUGACGCAUUCACAUACGUUAUAGUUAAUGCUGCGUCAGACAGCUUUGAGGCAUUUGCUGCGCAACCGUAGCAAAUAAAUUAGCUCAUUGUCUGCUAAAGAAGCAGAACUUGAAGUACAACACUUCACAGUCAUUAAAUAAGAAUACUCACACAAUGUUCUAGACUGUUGGCAUUCUCCGCGCAAGUUUUGCGAAACAAGUUUUUACCAUGCGCAGCUGCAAGGGUUGUGAUGUUGCCACUUCCACGGAGAGUGGUACAGUUCGUUUGCAUAUUGUCAAUUGAGAUUUGACCUCUUGUUUUGUCAGUAUGCAGCUGCUUGUGGGUUAACGAAUGUAAUGGUAAUGUAAUGGAAUGUAAUCACUGAAUUGCGAACCAUACUAGAAACUUCAAAAGAGGGACAUACCACCUGGUUGAUGGUCAACGCUUUGUCUUUCUUUUGGUUCAGUGUGCUUUUUGCGCUGAAGAUUCAAGUUUGGAUUAUCAACACGCCCACCAUACGGUUCUUUAGGAGCCAAGUUUUCAACUGGUGGCAGGACAUGGUGACCAUCUUUUUGCAGUCGUGCGUGGCUUGAUACAGUCGUACCUCAAUAAAACAAACAUGGAUGUAACAAAUCAUUGUACUACGGAUAUACCAAUUGUAUUUUAAUCUUGGAUGCACCUUAAUCAGGUUCGACUGUAGUGGUAUCUCUCUAGCCAUAAUCUAGCGUUUGCAAAAUUUUUUACACAGUUGUUAGAGCUGGGCCCUGUGGUCCAACGCUUUUGUAGGAGUGUUACGUUUUCCUGUAAUUGGUCACUCUACUAAGCACUCAUGCGUUUGGGGUUCCAGGCUUGCUAGAACUAGCAUGCACACUUAGGUGCAAUGUCGUGGACUGUAUGACCUAAAGUUCCUUGCAUGCUUUGAAGUGCAGAACUUGUGUGCCGGCUAAUUGCAGCUAUGAGAAAGCUUUAGCUUGUCUGUUAACGUAUUACGCUUUGCAGAAUACUAGGCCCCAGGAUACAUAGGCAGCAGGGGCAAUGCUAAUAACUCCAGUUGGUGGUACAAAGUAGUACAAGAGACGCCAUGAAGCUAUAUUAUUCUAGUGGCCAACCACAUUCUACUUAGCUGCUGCUGUGAAGUGUUGGCAGUGACAAUGGUUUAACGUGAAACCGUUUAUAGAAUUUCUUUCUCAGACCUGAACCCUCAUGUAAAACAAAACCGUUGGACAAGACCUUGCUCUGUUAACAUCUCUGUUAACUCAAUCAUUCUGUAAAAGGUAAUACAUUUAUGGGCAAACUAAAGCUAUCUAUUGUUUGAUCGCUAUCUACUAUGUAACUAGGCCAGCAUGUUAGCAUUGAACGAAAGGAACUUCGCAUUUGGAUCACAGCACAGCAUACAGAGUUUGGAAAGACAACCUCUCGCAAUCCUCCCCAAGCACACAGUUUUAGUUUCAUUUGAGAAAAUUGCUCGAUGAAAUGAACUUGUGCAUAUCAAUGGCAGCGGCACCUUUUUAGAAAAGUACCAUAUCCUUACGAAUAGAGUGUGCCCAUUAGUAUAAAAUGAGGGUGCUAUUGCCCUCCCUGCAAAAGAAAUCUUUAAUAAUAAUGAACAAAUGACAGAAAAAAUAUGUCGCCCAAAAGAUGGUGACAGCUAGUCCUCUUCACAUAACAGUAAAGAAAAUAGUAAUGCGAGAUUAGA